UGGUGUUGUCAUUUCCCUUUCAUGUUUUUUGAGGUAGAUCUGAAUCUACUCCCCCUCUUACCCUUGUUUUGUCCAAUUCUGUAAAGACAAAUACCCUUCAAAAUUAAAUAAACUUAAAGAACAAAAAGCAGAAAGAAAGGGACGAGAGGUAAAGAAAAAAAAUAAAGGAAAAACAAAGAAAGUGAGAGUGGGUUUACUCUCCCAAGGUUGCCUGCAGAGGGUUUUUGCACUGCCACCAAAAUUUGUGGUUCUAAGUUUCGAAGCAGGAAAGAGAGAGAGAAUAAGAGCAGAAGUAGCAUCAGCAUCAGCUCCAAAGCACGUACCUCCGAUUUUUUUUUUGUUCUUCUUCUUCUGUAACACCAAGCUUGCUUCUUUUCUCUUUGUUUUUGUUGGAUUUCUUUUCUUUGAUGGAUUUGAGAGAGGAAGGUUCAAUUCAUUGCAUUUAUGUUUAUAGCCUCAAAAAAUAAUUAUAAUAAAAUAAUACUAACCCACACCCAUCAUUGCCCUUUUGAAGCAAAGUCCACUCUUGCACUCUUUUAUCCUCUUUUCUUCCCUAUCAUCUCCUUCUCUCUCUCUCUCUCUCUCUAGAAGGGAAGGGCUUUUUUAUUUUGGUUCAGUUUUAGCACUUUAGCUUAGAAAUUUCUUAACUUGUGUUUCCCCAUGGAUUCAUAUGAAGCUACGAGGAUAGUUUUUUCAAGGAUCCAAAACUUGGACCCUGAAAAUGCUUCAAAAAUCAUGGGUUAUCUUCUUAUUCAAGACCAUGGAGAGAAGGAAAUGAUACGUUUAGCCUUUGGACCUGAAGCUCUUAUCCACUCUUUAAUCCUGAAAGCCAAAACCCACUUAGGACUUUCCAUCUCAAACCCACCAACACCUUCCACUCCUUCUUCUCCUUCCCCUUUUUCUUCUAGGCUGAGCCCUUUAUCCAUCCCUUCUUCAAGACUUACCAAUACCAACACCACCAAUGGCUUUGAGAUUACAAACGCUUCUUCCCCAUCUACUAAUACUUGGCCUCCUCUUAGCCGUCGUCCCAUCAGUCCCAGCUCAAAUUCCUCUCUUUCUUAUGCUAGUAUUGUUAAUGGAACCAGUAAUAGUGCAAAUGGCUCUGGAUCUUUACCCUCUAUUGCUUCAUGUGGAAAUACCUGCAAUGACAAUGAAUUCAUUGGUGACUACCAGUUCCAGGACCAUCUUUCGUUUCUCAACGACUCAAAGCCUGAAGAUUUUUACGACCCUCGACUUGACUUAGCAAUGAGUCCAACUGGCUACGCUGAUUCUCCUUUACAUAGGAGGAGUUUCUCAGUUCCUGGUCUGUGUUUUGGGGCGGAAGAUGUAAAUUCUGGGGUUGGAUGGAAGCCUUGUUUGUACUUUGCAAGGGGGUUUUGUAAGAAUGGUACUAGCUGUAGGUUUGUUCAUGGAGAUUGUACUGAUGGUGCUGUUCUAGUUGGUUCACCAAGCAAACUCAACGAGUUGGAACAGUGCCAAGGGCUGCUUAGAUCAAAAGCUCUUCAACAACAGCAACAACAACAAAAGCUAGCUGCAGCUUCUCAGUUCAUGGCUGGUCCUUCCUUUCCAUACAGCAAGUGUGUUAAUUUCCUUCUCCAACAACAAAAUGACAGUCAAAGAUCAGCAGCGGCAGCAUUGAUGAUGGGAGAUGAGCUUCAUAAGUUUGGGCGGUGCCGUUCGGAAAGAAAUGAUUUUGCAGCAAUGGGAUUAGGAGCAGUAAAUCCAGGCUCUAGACAGAUUUAUUUGACAUUUCCAGCUGACAGUACUUUCAAAGAAGAAGAUGUUUCAAGUUACUUCAGCAUCUAUGGACCUGUGCAAGAUGUGAGAAUACCUUACCAGCAAAAGAGGAUGUUUGGGUUUGUUACAUUUGUGUAUCCUGAGACAGUGAAGCUCAUUUUAGCUAAAGGGAAUCCUCAUUUUGUUUGUGAUUCUCGUGUUCUUGUUAAGCCUUACAAGGAGAAGGGAAAAGUCCAGGAGAAGAAGCAACAGCAUCAGCAACAACAAUUGGAGAGAGGAGAGUAUUCCGCAUGCUCAAGUCCGUCUGCUCUUGAUUCCAGGGAGCCAUUCGAUCUGCAUCUCGGACCGAGGAUGUUUUACAAUACCCAAGAGAUGCUAUUGAGAAGGAAAUUGGAGGAGCAGGCUGAUUUGCGGCAAGCCAUUGAGUUUCAAGAAAGAAGGCUAAUGAAUUUGCAGCUACUGGACUUAAAAAACCAUUACCAUUCUCAGUUCCGUCAUGGUUUGUCCACUGGGUCUCCCAUUCCUUCACCAACUGUAUCCCAUACUCCCAACGAUCAAGCACUCAUUUUUCCAGCUGAUGGCAUUGAUCAAGAAGUCCCAGAAGAGAAUGGUGGUAGCCCAGUCGCAUCGGUUUCCAUAUUGGCUACUGCUGUGGAUGCUGAUAAGCAGCAGGAGGAAGUUAACCCAGUUUGUAAUCAUAAAAGUGACAAUGGUAAUAGCAUUACCAAGGAGGAGAAGGCCAACAUUGGAGAAAGUGAUCUCCCCGAAAGCUUGGAGCAUAUUCUCCCUGAUAAUCUGUUUGCUUCACCUAAGAAAUCAGCUGGUGAUCACCCCACUGUCUUCUCUACCGCUUCAGUAGAGGUCGACGACAAAACCACAUGUCCAACUACAUCUUCUAACAGUAACCCUUCAUGGGCCAACAGCUCCAGCCUCAAUAUGACUUCUCUUAAAUCAUGUUUUCUACAAAUGCCCAGGUUUUCUUCCGGGCAAGGAACCAUUGGCAUGUAGUUGGCAGAGAAACAUUGGGAAGCAUAGACAUGGAAGAUUAAAAAAAAAAUAGAGAAAAAUCCUCUAGCUGUAUAGCCAAUAAGCAUACCCGCAACAAAGAAAAAGAUCCGUAGACAAGAUCGCAGCAAGAUCACCAUCAUCAUCGAUACAAACUACUUAAAAUGGAUACAUGAUAUUGUAUAGGUAAAGGACAGAGGAACUGAUUUAUUGGAGUGGUGUCUUUCUCUUUCCCCUACUAUGACCCUUCCUGUAGGUGAAUGCGCUGGACCACACAGCAUAUAAUAGAACCAAAAAAAAUGCCUGUAGUUAAACUCUUUAACGUGAUAUUGUAGUUGUUACUCUUUUUUUAAUCUUCCUACUCUUUUUUUUACCCUCCUUUUUUCAAAGUGAGGUGAAAAAAGGAAUUAUAUAUAAGUAAAAUCUGUACGAAGCAGACCCCAAGAAGUUAUGAAGUACUGUAGCAGAAGCAUAACUACUAUACUGAUCUGGAGACCCAAAAAGGAAAAGGAGUGCAAGGGACUGAAGUGGAGGGCAAAAGCUGUUACUGCUACUUUUUUAUUUAUUUUUUAAAGUUCUUGUUGUUGUUAUUACAGUAUCUGUCAAACCAUUAGAUUAUGAAACAAGCACAACCGGAAAAAAAUACUUACAAAAAAAAAAAAAAAAGGUUAAAGGAAAGGUUGUUCUUUCAUGUGAUUAAAGGAUAACUUUUGGGGACACUUUUGUCUCAUUUUGUGGUUUCUUUUAGGUGGACAUGAAUGGGUAAGGGCCACACUUUCACAUGGGUCUGACAAUUUAUAUGAAUGGUGUCUGGGUACCACUCACUCACUCCUUUCACUUUCAGUCUUUAAACCCUAGUCAGACUUUUAAAUAUUUAAAUUUUGAUUCUGAUAUUUGUGUUUUAUGGGUGAUGCUGCCCUUGUGGUAAUCUUAAAUCAUGUUAGGUGUAC